GUAUCACCACCACAAGAACUCCCUCUCUGCCCCUCUUUCUCUCUCUUUCACACACACACACAACCCAGAGAUUAUUUAGGUUGGAGGCCUGAAGGAAUAAUAUAGAUACAGAAGUUUAAUUAGGCUUAUUAGAUCAAAACGGCUAGCUAGAUAGCUAGCUAUCCUCAUCGUCAUCGGCAUGCAGCAGCAGAUGGAGAACUCCGAGCUCUACCAAUUCCUCGCCGGCAACGGCGCUUCCUUCUUUACUCCCACGUCGUACGGCCUGCCCCCUGCCGCCGCCUCCACAAUGCACAGUUUCUGCAGUUCCUCUUAUUAUCCCCUGGAUUCUUCUGAAAUCACGGACACACCCCAGCAAGACAGAGCCCUCGCCGCUUUGAAGAAUCACAAGGAGGCUGAGAAGCGCAGGAGAGAGAGGAUAAAUUCCCACCUCGAUAAGCUUCGCACCCUUCUUCCCUGUAAUUCCAAGACUGACAAGGCCUCGCUUCUAGCCAAGGUUGUCCAGCGAGUGAGAGAGCUGAAACAGCAAACUUCACAGAUCACCGAACUCGAAACCAUUCCUUCAGAGACAGACGAAAUCACCGUCCUGUCUACCAGCGGCGACUACGCCGGAGACGGCAGGCUCAUAUUCAAAGCCUCCCUAUGCUGCGAAGAUCGCUCCGACCUCAUACCUGAUCUCAUCGAAAUCCUAAAGUCGCUGCAUCUAAAAACCCUCAAGGCAGAAAUGGCAACACUGGGAGGAAGAACCCGCAACGUUCUUAUUGUGGCCGCCGAUGAUGACCACAGUAUCGAAUCCAUCCACUUCCUCCAGAACGCAUUGAAAUCAUUGCUUGAACGCUCCAAUUCAAGCGAAAGAUCCAAACGGCGUCGUGUACUGGACCGCAAAUUGAUUGUCUGAGUAAAUAGAGAGAGUUCAUUAACCUGCAGGCCUAGUCGUUUUAAAUUUUCUUAGCACUGGUAUUAUCGGGAUGGUAGUUAACUCGUCGUGAGUUAAUUUGUGGGGUUUUACUAUUUUAGUUGUCAGGUCGUUUGUUUAGAGAAAAGCAAGAUAUAUAAUUGAGAUAAUUAUGUGAUAGGCUGGAGAGCUGUGAUUAGGGUUUAUAUAAGUGGUGUUGGGAAUCUUUGCAUGUGAACUGAAUGUUGCAUGUAAGUAGGAAAAACCGGAGGGGAGGAGAAUCUGACUCAUAGAUGAAGAAGAAAGGGACAUUAUAUUGUAGUGUACUGUGGGUGAUGUGAAACUGGUGACAACGAAGGGAGGGGUCUGUAGUAUCUGUAAAAGCAAUGCUUCUGUGAGUUUCCAAGCUAUAGAAAAUGGCAUAUUCGUUUCUCUCUCA